AUGCAGAGUGAAAAUCCAUUCCGCGUCAUUAUAGUCGGUGGCUCAGUCGCGGGGCUGACUCUUGCUCACUGCUUGGGAAAAAGCAAUAUCGAAUAUGUUGUUUUAGAGUCACACUGUGAAAUUGCCCCUGAAGUAGGCGCUUCAAUUGGAAUUCUUCCCAAUGGUGCUCGUACCCUCGACCAGCUAGGUGUGUUUGAUGAUAUCCUGGAUGUCAUCGAGCCUUUGGUGAAGGGCAUUUACUGGACAGAAACUGGUCAAUUCAUCGUGGAAAAUGAUGUCCCUCGGAUUAUUCAUAAUAGGCAUGGCUACGCUAUAUCAUUUUUCGAUCGCCGGGCCUUGCUGGAAAUUCUGUAUAACAGAUUAGGAGACAAUCAAAACCGAGUUCAUACCAGCAAGAAAGUCGUCAAGGUGGAACACUUGCCAACCAAAGUCUUGGUUCACUGCGACGAUCAGUCGGUGAUAGAAGGAGAUAUUGUUGUUGGAGCUGACGGUGUGAGAAGUACCGUGAGACAGCAGAUGUGGCACCACAUGGAAUCCAUUGGAAUGAAAAAGGAGGUGAAAGAGGAGAAAGCCAUCAUGUCAUCCGAGUACUCCUGCGUGUUUGGAAUAUCGACGGCCACUCCGGGGCUACUCCCAGGAGAAUGCCACCGGACAUACGGAAAAGACUACUCGUCACUGACCAUUGUAGGCAAAAACGGCCGUGUGUUCUGGUUUUUGUUCACCAAGUUGGACAAAGUCUACAAGGGAUCUGAAAUUCCUCGUUAUAGUGAAGAGGACAUGGAGAAGCAGCUUGCUCAGUACUCUAACAAGCCGAUUACUGACAAGGUCCCUUUCUCCUCCGUUCUUCAGAACACUGUGACCAAGAGCUUUUUGGCUCUGGAAGAAGCCUAUCAUACGAAAUGGUGCAUGGACCGAUUCGUUUGCAUUGGGGAUUCUGCACACAAGAUGACUCCUAAUAUGGGUCAAGGUGGUAACAACGCGGUAGAAAGUGCUGCAUCGCUAGCAAACCACCUGACUCGGCUUGUCCAGAGUUCUUCCAACGGAAAGGUUCCCUUCAAAGACAUCAAAAACUGUUUGACUGAUUGGCAGACAGCACGACAGCCGCGGGCGAAAGAAGUCUGCAUCAAAGCAAAUGCCUUGACUCGACUGGAAGCCUGCGCAACACUCAAGGAUAGACUGAUGGCAAUUCACGCACUGCCUCAUCUAGCAUCAUGGCUCGUAGAACGCCUGUCUCAAUCUUUUUCUGGAGCAGAAAGGCUCGAUUGUGUCCCGCUGCCCCCCAGAGCGUUGAAUUGUCCCAUGCCUAUUCAUGAGAUUCCCGAGGAAGACAAGGACACACUCUGGCGACGAGCAAUCUCUGCCUCUCCCCUCAUUGGAUGCGCCAUGGCUGCGAGAAGCAUCAUGGGAUCUGCGAAGGACGGUUUUCUACCGCAUUUGAUCGCUUUACUUCGCAAGGGAAUCUGGACAUCCAACAAUGGAGAGACUGUUAGUCUAACCAGAUCGUUGUACAACUUCCCUUUCCUGGACCGACUCUUCUCACCCUUGAUUACUUGCUUCCUGCCAUCUAUCAGUGGAUCCGAUGCAGUAUCCCGUUCUCAAAUGGUUUCGUUCCUGGCCGACUGUGGCCCAGUCUACACAAUAUGGCUACUUGAGAGCCAUCGACAGGGAAAAUCGGGACUUGAAGUUAUUCUACCCAUAGUUGCUGGAAUUGCUUUCCAGCUGAAGGGAAUUGGAAAGAUCGCCCCUAUAUACUUUGCAAUUGAGUACAUCCGCUCACCUCUUUCUUCGCUAAAAGGAGAUAAUCGAAACAUGAAGACGGAUGCCUUGAAGUCACUUUUGCCUGCUGUGCUCGCCGGUUACUACCUUCCGACUUUUGCCAAUUUCUUCGCCUCUACAGUUGAAUCUCGUCAAUCUAUCAAUGCAGUGUGGCAAUUGUUCCCGCUGGUAGUUCCAGUGAUUCAAAUCCCGCUCCGCUUGUUGGCAAAGCCCAGAUCCAACAUUGAAGCAAAAGAAAAGACAGCCUCGAAUCACAAAACGAACAUGCUCUGGACCCGCUGCACUUAUGGUUCAUUGGCUGCUAUCUCAGGGCUGUCUUUCAUUUACGCUCGUUGGUCUGCUCCUCAGGGUGCGUCUUUGGCCACAAUCUUCCUACCCGGUCUGUUCGAGCACGCACAGCCUGUUACCUCGUUUGCUCAAGGUAUUGCGCGAUUUCUGCAAUACGACGAGAUAUUUUCUCUUGGUGCCGGCUUUAUCUGGUUGGGGCUGAGGUUCCGGGAGCUGCAGCAGUCUGGGGUACCUGUUUCGUGGUGGAAGUCAGCAUGUGCUUUGGUGGGGACUACUGUCACCCUUGGUCCUGGUGCAGCAUUGGCAUUGGGUUGGGGAUGGAGAGAGGAAGCCCUGGCUAAGACUCAUGCUAUUGAGGAUAAAUAG